AUGCUUCGAAGUUUGCUCUUCUAUUGGAAGCUGAUCUCGAAGGGAUUACUGUGUAGGGCUCCUGAAACGUGGGAGACUAUUGAAGGCCACGAGCUGGAUGAAGUCUGGAUAUGUAUGAGGAACACAGACAUGAAGAUAAUGGUCAAUGGUCAAGGAGAGAACCCCGCUGAGGAUAACCAGAACGGUCCUGAUGGUGGCUUACUGAAGAUCAACAUGUGCGAGAAGAUGAGGAGCAACGGAGUUUACAAGAAGGUGAAGAGCAACAACGUCAACAUGAAGGAGAGAGAAGAGGCCUACAAGAAGCGGACAACUUAG